UCGGACCAAGGCAACCACGGGUUCCAAUCAGCAAACAGAGGGGUCUGCAGAGAAAGAGAGGCAGAGCGUGCGAGAAAUUGGAGAAGAAAGCAUCGAGGAUCGGCGAGAGGAUGCCGGAAUACUGUGUGACCGGGGGGACUGGCUUCAUAGCCGCUUACCUCGUCAAAGAGCUGCUGGCCAGGGGCUACACCGUUCGGGCCACCGUCAGAGAUCCAGGGGAUGAGUCCAGGGUCGGGUUUCUGCGGAGCUUGGAUGGAGCCGAGGAGAGGCUCAGGUUGGUGAAGGCUGAUCUACUGGUGGAGGGAAGUUUUGACGAGGCCGUGAACGGGGUUGAUGGAGUCUUCCACACGGCGUGCCCUGUUUUUGUUUCCAAUGACCCAAACAUCGAGGAAAAGUUAAUUAAUCCAGCCGUGAAAGGCACAGCAAAUGUGCUCAAAUCCUGCUCUAAAGCGAGUUCCGUGCGCCGUGUUGUGCUCACCUCUUCAUGCUCUUCCAUCAGGUAUCGAGACGAUGCUACUCAGGCUUCCCCGCUCGAUGAGUCGAUCUGGAGUGACUUAGACUACUGCAAGAGAUACAGCCUGUGGUAUGCUUAUGCGAAGACGCUCGCUGAGAAAGAGGCCUGGAGACUAUCCAAGGAUUUUCAACUCGAUCUUGUGGUCGUGAACCCAUCUUUUGUUGUCGGACCAUUGCUUGCGCCACAGCCCACAAGCACCCUCCUUAUGAUACUCUCGUUGUUAAAAGGAGAUUGCCCUGAUUAUCCAAACAUGGCAGUAGGAUUUGUUCACAUUGAUGAUGUGGUCCUCGGCCACAUUCUGGCAAUGGAGGAUAGCAGAGCCUCAGGAAGGCUUGUUUGUUCGAGCAGCGUCGCUCACUGGUCUGAGAUAGUUGAGAUGCUCAGGGCCAAAUAUCCAUACUAUCCAAUCCCAAAUAAAUGUGGCGAUCAGAAAGGAAAUAGCAACCCACACAGCAUGGACACCACCAAGAUAAGAGAACUGGGGUUUCCGCGAUUCAAAACUCUUCCCCAGAUGUUUGAUGACUGCAUUAAGAGUUUCCAAGAGAAGAAAUUUCUGUGAGGUUAUCGAAAGCCGCCUAUCAUGGCCAUCUUGCACCUAAGAACAGCAAUGCAUGUCAAUUUUAAGAUACUUCUCCAGUAGCAUUAUCAUUAUGAGUUUGGUUUGAUUUGCAGAUGAAGUUGUUCGCUUAAUAUUAAUAUCCAUUAUUGAUGA